CAAACGGUGCUUUUCUUCAGAUCUGAACAUAAACCUCCAAGGUAAACACGGUUGAGUCCAUAUUUACUUUAAUUUUCUGGCUCAAAAUUACCAAACUCCAUAAAAUUUGGUUGCUUAGAGCCCAAAGGAUAAACCCUGAACAUUCAAUUAUCGUCAUUUUCGCUAAGCGACUAAUUUCUUAGCGGAUAAAAGUCGUCGAAAGUCCAAGAAUUUGUGCCAUCUUGCGAGCUCAUUUGAACUUUCUCGUUCAUGUUGUCCUUUCAAGAUUGAUUAUCCAGCUGCUUUUACGAGGCAACACAACAAAAUAACAUUGCUAUUGGAUGAGUUAUUUCUUCACUCUUUAAAGGAUAACGAGGAUAAUUAAAGGAAUUUUUGCUGGUCGUUUGCUACGUCACUUCUUUGUUCACAAGAUCAACCAGCUUCGUGGGAUUUUUUCCGUCUACAGUCAAGUCGAAUCAUUAUCUUCUCUGCCGUUAUUUGUACUAAAUAUCUUAUCUUAUUUAGUUACCGAAGACAGAGAGAGCAUUGUUGGAUUUGGACGCUUUUUUGUACAGCCGGAAAUAUUGUUGUUUGGAGCCAACAUCAUUACAAGAAUUGUCUGAAGGCAACCGUCUGAAGAAAAGAAUUUUUAUUGGAGUAUUAAUUAUCUAAACGAUACUCCAUCUUUAUUCUUAUUGAAGCUGAAUUUCUAAGGGACCGUGGUCAUCCUAUGAACAUAGUCUACAGAUUUGCGACCUUUGGAGGAGAAAGAUUUCAAAGAUUUAUUAACAGACUAUUUUGGACAAGUUUUGGUUAGAGAUGUCGUUGUUUGUGGUCGUUAAGAAUGGCUUGCAUUGUCGCAUUUAGGUUAAUCCCAAAAACAUGGAAAUCUGUUGUUGUUGUCAAGUACAGAGUUUGGCCUACGCACUCAAGAACCUUUAAACGGACAAAAGAGAUGUUGUCUGCACACUUCAUGGGAUAAUUCACCUUGGAUUGCCUUACAAAUAUUCAAAUUUCGAGAUAACCCUUAAACCCGUGAAAAACACCUUAUGAAUGACAUUAGUUUUAGGAUUAUUGAAAAAAUUAAGAUAUAAGAAAUAGAUGAAAACAUGAACAAUAAACCAAAUUGGGAAUCUAGUCUAAUAGCAAAAUUUGGAGAGCUUAAAGUAAAUUCCAAACCUCCUACUGGGUUGCUAAGGGAAAAGGCCAAGCCGUUGCUGCUAAAACCAGAAUCUGAGACAGUUAAUGGAUUAAUAAAGCCAAACUUUGUACCUCACCCCCCUCAGGGGCCUAAGAAAGCAACAUCUGUCCCUUCGCCACCAGUUUGCAGUCCUGUUAAAAAGCCAACACCCCCCUCAACAGCUAAAACCAAGGGUACAUUUAGGAGAAAGUAUUCAAAAUCAGAAGAAAUUUGGUAUGAGGACAGAGUUUCUGGAGAUGGAGAAGCUUCUAAAGAUGAUGACAUUUACAGUGAAAAAGACAGUAUUUUAGAAAGACAGCCUGGUGAUGGAUGUUUCUCCGACAUAGCUGAAGAAGAUGAAGAGGAUGAUGAUGAAUGUAUGAAUGAUGAUGAUGAAGUUGGUGAUGAAGAAGAUAUUGAUUAUGAUUGCGAUGGUCUUGAAGAAGAAGAGUUAGAAGACUUCUCAGAAAAUGAUGAUGAUGACAAUGCAUCAACUUGUACUGGACUAUCCAGAACUCCCUCAGCCAGAUCACGCACAUCAAGUGCAAAGAUCAGCAUAAAUAACUUGAAAUCAUCCUCUGCAAGAACUCGCACAACAAGUGCAUUUGGUGGCAGACAGGUUACCACAGAUGUGUCUAUUAAACAAGCUAAUAAUAACUGGGUGCAAGAUGGACCUGACGAUAUCAAGCCUGCACUAACUCCCAGUUUGUUUGCACAUAUACCACCUACUAUCUAUUUCACCAUCGAGGGAGAGAAAGUUGCUCCACUACCUCAUGAGCUUCGCAAACUCUUAAGAUGGAAGAUGAGCUCAAUAACACCAAAUGUUGUGAAGCAGUGUAUAGCAAGAUCUGGAUUCAGAGCAACAAAAAGACCCAAUGAUUGGUUAGGUUAUUGGGGUAAACACAUGAAAGGUACUGCAUUCAAAAGUAUCAGGGAACAUCAGAAGGUCAAUCAUUUUCCUGGAACUUUUCAAAUAGGCAGAAAAGACAGGUUAUGGGGAAAUAUAUCAAGGCUGAUGAUCCAGCAUGGAAAGAAGGAGUUUGGUUUUCUUCCACAAACAUACUGCCUGCCAUAUGAUUUCAAGCUUCUCAAGCGAGCUUGGGAUGAGGGUGGUUCAAGGCAAAAAUGGAUCUUGAAGCCACCAGCGUCAGCUAGGGGUAUUGGAAUUAGGGUCAUUCAUAAGUGGUCACAAAUACCACGAAAAAGACCAGUCAUAGUUCAAAGAUAUCUUAGUAAGCCAUUUCUAAUUAAUGGCAGUAAGUUUGAUCUGCGCAUCUAUGUUUAUGUCACAUCUUACGACCCUCUUCGGAUUUACAUUUUUGAAGAUGGCCUGGUACGAUUCGCUACUUGCAAGUAUUCUUCAUCAGUCAAGUCACUGAGCAACAGAUUCAUGCACCUUACGAACUACAGUGUGAACAAGAAGAACGAGGGUGCAUACCAGCCAAACUCUGAUGACACUCUUUGCCAAGGACACAAAUGGAGUUUGAAGUCUCUUUGGGGCUACAUGAAGAAGUUGGGUAUAAACCAUGCAAAUGUAUGGGAAAACAUUAAAGAUAUCAUCGUGAAGGCCAUUAUUGGGUCUGAAUCAUUUGUUAACAUUUUAGUGAAGCAAAACGUCCGAAGAAGAUCAUGUUGUCAUGAGUUGUUUGGCUGCGAUGUAAUGCUGGAUGAAAACCUGAAGCCUUGGUUAUUGGAAGUCAACAUUUCACCCAGUUUGCAUUCCAACUCGCAAUUGGAUCGAAACAUCAAAGGUCAGAUGAUCAAAGAUCUUAUGAACCUUGCGGCGUUUCGUAUCCCAGAAAACCUUGUCACCACCACAACAGCCAGCACCAGUAGCCUCAACCUGUUCGUACAAGACAAGGUUGGUCCUGCACUGUCUUCUGAUGAACGGGCAAAGCAUGCAUUCUACACCAAGAAGAAUAUAGAUGAGAGAACCAAGCAAACGGUUUUAGACAUCUUGACGCCAAAUGAUGUUAGGAUAUUAGCAGAAACAGAAGAUGAGUAUAAUAGACGUGGUUGUUUCCAGAGGGCGUUCCCUUCAAUGGCUUCUCACAAAUAUCUGAAGUUUUUCCAAACGAUUAGGUAUAAUGAUGUUUUACUCGAUGAAUGGACAAGAAAGUACAUGAGAGAAGGCAGAAGUACUCUAUUAGGUGUGUCACUUCUGCAAGCAUUAACAGAACAGAAAAUACAUGUUGGGACAACGAAUGAUCCUGCACAUCAAUGGACGUGUCCUCAGGGUGUUUCAUACAGAUCAUUAUCAGCACCAGUAGUGGGUGGAGAACAUGGAGUGUUAAAACCAAGCGCAUCAAUGCCAGUGUUACUUCCAAAGAUCAAGAAGAAAGCCAGUAAGAUGAAUCUACACAAGAAUUCAACCGCUGUUGAGAAGAGUCGCAGCUUCAGAAUGAAAUCCAAACAAACUAUAUGACUAGUACAGGGGAGGAGGUCGGCGCGCAAUCCACCCUACCCCUGCCUCCCCCCGAUACCGUCCAAAACUCUACUCGAGGGAGAGGAACCGUUUGUUGCGCAUAACCAUGUGAACUGUACAGUUCUCUCCUGUCCACAGAAGAAACUGAUUCAUGACCUAAUAGAACGUCUUCAUCGAACGGUUUUCGAACGAGGUCGAUAUAUUUUUAAUGAAAAAGAGUAAUACAGAAUGUUAUUUAAUAACCAAUUUUACAUAUUUUAGGAAGUAUUUUAUAUAAAUAUAUAUAUUCAUAGUGUGACAAGCUAAAAAAGUUUUUGAGUGUAUAGCUAAUUGCAAAAAUUAAAAAAAUUAAAAACAUAAAUAUGUACAAAAAACUCGUACGUUGUAAAUAAAUGAGAUAUAAUAGAA